AUGGAGGUCGGCGUGUGGGUGUUCUACUACGUCCAGGGCGAGGAAGGCGAAGACCGUACGCACCCGAACGCGUUUCGGCUCUCCAGCGCGUCCCCGGGCGCGGACGUGACGCUCGCAGAUGUGCUCGCGAGCUGUCCACUGCGCAAUCCAUUGGCGUUUCACUACCGUUUCCGCCUGAAUAUGGGCACAGGCAGCUCGUUCUGCUGGCUCGAUGUCGUCCAGCCCACGCAGGUCGUCCCGCUGGCCAGUGGCCGCGUCCUUUGUAAGCUCCUGCGGCUCGACCGGCGGCCGCGACCAGGUCUCGUGUUUCGACGUCGACCGGUGCUCAAGUGGGCCGGCAGUGGCGCUCGGCCAUACAGUCAUCAAGACAAGAGUGCAAGCACGGGGAUGGAGGCGACCGUGGGCCAGGUCCUGUCGGCCGACGCGGGGCCGUCGGUGACAAACGGCAACAGCAGUAGCAGCAGGUUCCAUCGGUCGUCGUCCGUGCCGGGGUUCGAACAAGGUCGACCGGCCAAGUACUCGGACCGGCCAUCAGGUGGUGCAAGUAAUGGAGGUGAUGCUCAGCACAGCAAUACGUCGAGUCGCUCGUCGCCUGUCUGUGGGGAAAGGAAGACGGGCUCGCGAGCAGGUUCUGGAUUUAGCUCGACGGCACCAGUGCAAGAGAAGCUGGAAGACUUUCUAUCUGGUGGGCAGCAGAUGAUUGGCGGUGGUGCUGCUUCUGCUGCUGCUGCUGCUGCUGCUGGUGCUGCCACGACACCUGCUGCUGCUGUACCUGAUAACGAUGUGGACCUCAUGAGCGAUAGUGGCUGGCAUGAUGCUCCCGCCACGUGCAACGUCAACUCGGACUUUUUGAACGCGAUGGACCCGCUGGCUGCUCGAGCCGCACCGGCAGCUCAAGUAUCAGCUCCAGAAGCUGUGUACCGAGAACCACCAAACUUUGACGAUGACAACGGACAGACCGUGGGUCCCGUGACGAUGGCGGAGAUGGAGGCACACUCGAAGUCCACGUCGGACGGUUCCAAUGUGUACAACCCGAGUCUUGUGGACAAGUCUACAAAGAGCGAAGAUGUGCGCCGUGCAAUGGAAGAACGGGAGAGGCAGGUGCAACGUGAUGUGGAGCGAGCACGCGAAGACCUGCGCAAGCGCGAAGAAGCUGUGCGUACCAUGUCUGCAAUGAAGGAUAGUGCCAAUGCUGUAAUCGGUCCUAGAUUGAAGAGCUGGGCAGAAGAUAAUGGCCGCGUGAAGAACAUCCGCACGUUGUUGUCUACAAUGCACCACGUCAUGUGGGAAGACAGCAAGUGGUCCGAGGUGAACAUGGGUAAGCUCAUCCAGCCCAACGAUGUGAAGAGGCAUUAUCGCAAGGCCAUGAUUGUGGUGCAUCCUGAUAAGGCUGGUGGGCGCAAAGCGGAGCAGUUGUUGAUUGCCGAGCGCGUUUUUGCGGCACUCAACACGGCGUGGGAAGACUUCCAGAAGUCCAAUCCAUGCUGA